AUCAAAAUGCUCACUUUUGUUUAUAUAAAUAACCAUUUUGAUUUGUGAAGGAAAAAAAACAUUAAAACCCUAACCAAUCAUCAUCAGAUUCAAUGAAGCGAUGGAUUUGAUCUUUCAUCCCGAAAAAGGCUCCCAUUUCACCAUUGAAGUCGGCUUCUUCGACACCAUCUCCGAGAUCAAAGAAAAGAUCCAGAAGCUCCGCCGCAUCCCCGCCGCCGCCCAAACCCUAAUCUUCGCCGGAAAAGUCCUCCCUGAUGACGUCGACGUCCACAACUCCGACAUCCUCCACAACUCCCACAUUCAUCUCGUCGUAUCCGCCGCCGCCCCGACUUCUCCUCCGCGCCGCAAACCCCUCCGCGUCCACGUGAAAUUCCGGGGGUCUGACGCCCCCGGAAUCUCGCUCGAAGUGGACCCCUCGGACACCGUCCGGGCGUUGAAAGAGCGGAUCAACGAAGAGGCGGGAGGAAAGCCAAACCCGCGCCGAAUUUCCGUCCACGUGAACGGCUCCGAGCUAUCGGAUAGCCGGGCGGUGGCGGACUACGAGCUCCCCGACGGCGUGGAAAUAGACGUCGCCGUGAAAAGGCCUUCCCCGGCGACGUCGUCCGGGUCGUCGGGGAGCGGGAGCGUGGGCCCGAAGAAGCAUCUUCGGGUGACGGUGGUGUCGAAAUGCGGGACGAAGAGGUACGCGGUGGAGGUGAAUCCGGCGGAAAACGUCGGCGAACUGAGAAAGGAGUUGGAAAAAAUGAAGAGGAGGAAGGAAGAGGAAAUGGAGUUGCCGGAAGAAGGGUAUUUCUUCAUAUACAAGCAGAAUGUGAUGGACGAUGAUCGGUCGUUUAGAUGGCACAAUGUGGGCCCGGGUGACACCAUUGAGAUCUUCAAUGGGAGUGUCACUGGUGGACUUUGAAGUAAUUAGUUUGAUUUUUGUGGGUGAAACUAAAUUCUUUUUUUGUCAUGAAUGAAAUAAAAGUUGUAUACUCCGGCGUAAGAUCUUAGUACAGAUGGAAUAAACAAAAAAAAAUGAAAGAUAAAGUGUUUG